CAGGUGGAUUGGGGUGGCUGUGAGAUGGCGGAAAGAGGCAGAGAGCAGCCGGGGUUAAUCCGUCUUUGUUUUGCUGCCCCGCAGUAGAACUUCUCAGUGUCGAGUCCGGUUCGGAGACACACAGAGAAUUCGCUUACGGCGCAAACAUGUCCUGGAAACGAGCCAGGAGUGGAGAAUCUCCGAUAAGCCGACGCGCAAAAGACGUCCCGGAGCCGCUGCAGGAGAGUGCUCCCUCCCCGACCCUGCCUGCGGAUCAUGUGCUCAGCUCCGGAGCGGUGUUAUUCCCUGGUACUUUUGAUCAACAUGGUUGCCCUCUGGUUAUGUUCCCAGUGGAUGGGCAAUACAAACUCUCCUCAGACCUCAGCAAAGCUGAAGUGGUGGACUUCAUAAAUUACUUUCAGUAUCAGCACAAUAAGAAACUGGAAAAGCAGAGCAUGGUGUCAGUCGUGGCUGAUCUGAGGGAUGUCUCACUCUCUACCAUGAGUUUCAUUGUCGAGACUCUACUGCUGCUUGAGCUACAAAAGCGCACAGUCCACACUGUGUACAUCCUUCAGCCCAAAAAAAAGGAUCUUGAGAAGCUAAUGCUGAAGCUGCUGGCUCCAUCGAAGGAUUAUCCUGCUUCUUUCAAAAGGGUCCUUCUGAGAGAAAUCCCAGAGCUCCAGAACUACAUUGAUCGAAGCCAGCUACCAUGGUCACUGGGUGGAUACCUCAUGUACCGUCAUCAGAGCUGGGUUGCCUUCAUUAAGGAGAUCGAUGCGUUUGUCCAGGAGUUUGUGUCUGUAGUCCAGCGGCUGCCUUCAUGCAUCUCUGCACUGCAGGCUCUGUCCAGGCUGCCACUGCCCACCACCGUCAGCGAGCUCCGGCAAUUCUGCUUCGACACUGAAGCCAAGUUUCAGCAGCUCAGGAGGGAGUUGGGGCUGGAGGAGCUACUGAGGAACUGUGAGAGCUUGGUGGGGAAGCUGCGUUGGCCUGACAGGGAGCCGUGCUUCCAGGAUAUGGCUGGAACUGCCCUCUUCACUCAGAUGGCCUUUGAUAUGCUCCAGAACCACAGCAGGAUAACUGCUGCUGUGGAAAAAGUGGAGUUGCUGUGGCAGCAGCUGUUUUCUAAAGCUCGUUUAAGGCUACGUGUGUUCCAGUUGCGUGAUAAUGCGCUGCAGGUUUCUGAGAAGAUUGAAACUCUUCUUCGAGAGAAGAUCCAGCCCUUCAAAGUAGAGAUUGCCAAGGACCCUACAAAAGCUGUGAUUCUGGUGUCUGAAUUUGAAGCAUCCAUCCACACUCCUGCUAUGGCACUUGUUCGCUGGGCUGAAGAUGUAAUCCAGGCUUCAGCAGAGAUUCUCCCCUUGGACAGUCAGCCCACAGGGAGCUGGGCUGCAGAUCUGGAGAGGCUGAAGGACAAACUUGACUCUGCCGUGAACUUGAUUCUGCAAACCCUCAGAGCAGUUUCCAGCUACCAUCGCUACUACAGCAAGGCCAGCUGCUGGUACAGUCUGGUCCUUUGCCAGAACUUCCUCCAGGAGCUCCUGUCAGGUGUUCGUGAAGAGGCUUCCUCCAUCCAGCUGCAGCAGAAGAACUGGGGGAUGAUGCCUGGGUGGAGAUGGAGGCUGUCCACUUUUCUGAAGAACAAUCCCCCUCCAGAAAUGGAGGAGCUGCUCCAUCUGUCUCAUUUGGCAAAUGCAAUCCCAGAUGAUGAGAUCCAGCAGAUGGGGAAACAGAUGUCUCAAAGGUGCUUGACACUGAGGAAACUUCUAAGCUCUUCAGGACCAGUGGCUGUCGAACAACUCCAGAUGGCCCUACAGUGGCAGUAUGAGUUACUGAGGGGCAACCAUGUGAAUCUCUUAUCUGCUGAUUCUACCACGUCAAAACCUGUGCCACACCAUGUUUCAGAGUCAAACCUCGCUAAAUGUAAAGGUGGUAAAGAAGUUGCCCAUGUCUUUGGAACAUCUCCCUUGUCCGGAGGUUCAGGGAUGGUGUCAGCUACGGGCAAACCGUCCUCCCCGUUUGCUGCAACCAGAGACUUUGCAAUACCUGCCUCAAGCCCGCCUCAAAUCCAUGAGAUUAUUUCCAGUGUUUCAGAUUGUAGGGCUCACAGAGAGGAGCAUGACUUGGGCUCUAUAGGAAGCUCUCCUAAAGCUGAUUUGCUGAAUCAGUUUGAGAUCAAAGUAAAGCACAUAGCUGCUGUGUCCAGUAACCCUUGGCUUAGCUUGCCGGUAGAGGAUUUGGAAAACUCUUACACUGUCAGCAGUACACAAAAUCCAGCACCUCAAAAAGUUGAUCACGAUUCUUCAGAUGAGCAUGUCAGUGGCACCCAGGCUAGCAGGUCUCAAAUUCAGCCUACACCGGAGGUUUUAAGGAGCACAGAACCCAAAGGAUCACAGAGCAGGGACUGGAUAUUACAUCCAGAACAUCCUGAACUAAGUCCCAUUUGCAGUGUUCUCUCCAGCACCGUUAUUGAAGGAAGAGACAAGUCCAUCUGUUCCACAGAGGGGGUUCCCACUCUACUCUGGGAUUCUUAUGACCUUCAUGACCAAAAUCAAGAUGAUGAUGAUGAUGAUGAUGGCGAGUUGUCCAUGAAGGACUGGGAUGUGAAGGAAGAGGAAGGUCUGAGGGAAGUGGAGAAUAUCUUGGACAAGGCUGAUGAAAUAUUAGAGGAGGAGGAAAAUGUUCUGGCUCAGGAAGCUGUGCUAGAUGCACUGCUGAGGACGGAGGACAGGCAGGGUGUCUGGCAAUUGUGUGAUGGUGAGGACCAGCUUGAUACGAUGUCGUCCUACGAGCUGGCUGAAGCUGGUGUUCUUUGUUUCGAUGACUGCGUUGACUCUGCAGAAUCUGACUGUUUCAUUGACCUCGUGUCGGCUGGGUCUGCACGUGAAACUAAAGCUAAUGCGGAUGGGCUUUACAGUGACGCUCCAACGGUAUCUGACAGCAAGCCAGACCUGCUGAUGGAACUGAGAAAGGUUCAUAUCCUGGACGGGUUAAUCAUGGAAGAGAACUUGCAGAUCAACAAGUUUCGAUGCAGUAAAGAGAAACUCAACACUGAGCUCUCGGAGAGCAAACCUGUGGGUACAAAUGUGUUACUGACUUCACGCAAUGAGAGGGAGGCUUCACAUUUGCAGCUGGAAAAGGAGAAGAGGGAGGUGGAGGAGCUGGAGAAACAGAAUGAGGAUAUUGAUGAAAGGUUUAAAAAAUGUUCUAUAACUGAAAGGCCUAGAAAAGAACAUGAUGAUCGAGUGCUCUGUGAUCUCUUUCCCAAUGGUUCUGGAAGAUCAGUCGCCAGCCUUGCCAUGGAUGGGUCUGUGAAUACACGUGUGACUAAAAUUAUUCAAGAUGUUUCAGACCUUAAGGUAACCAAAAGGGCUUCACCACAAGAUGUGGCUCAACUGCCACUUUCCCAGUGUCAAGAUGCUAGUGGUUGUACAACUGGUCUGUCAGUAUAUUACAAAAUUACCUUGAACAAUGUAUUUGGUUUACAGGAACCCUCAGAAGAGGCAGGUGUCCAAUCGCAAUACAUCGAUGGGAAUGAAUUGGCCAGGUCUGCUAGUUUAUGCAGUCCAGAAGCAUCUUUAAUCCCUGAAAUGAGGGUAGAUGAUGGCACCUUUGACCCAGGUGGAAAAUCACUCCUUCCCCCUGUAGCUAAGCCAAGAAAGUCUUUGCCUCCUGUGAAUGAAGCCCGUGCUGAACUCGAAGCUCCUCACUCCACAGAGGAGUCCUUAGAUCAUUAUUUUGUAGGUGAAGGCCAACUUCAUCUACAAAACGAAGUACUUGAAGAGCUGCCAGAGAAUGUGCCUCCAGACACCAGCCACAGCUUGGUUUCCAGUCCAAAUGUAACACAACAUGAAAACGAUAACCAUGUACCCCCAGAGAACUGUUGGGCAUCAUUACAGCGCUCGUCUGAAAUAAUGACUAAAAAUGAAAAGAUGCCCACAUCUUUACUCAAACUACAUGUGCAGUCAGCAGAGGAAAUCCACACUUCACCUCCUGCAGAUGACCACCAACUUGAACAGUCCGUAUCCCAAGUGACUGCUGAUCAGCCUCUAGAGUUUGACUCGGGUGGAAGAGAAGAACCAAAUGAAAAGCUACCAGAUGGUGUUCAGAGCUCUGAGGCUCUGAGAAUCUCUGGGUCACCUGAAAGUCAGAUCCAGUUUUAUAGCCCCAUGACGGAGAUUGCAGAUUUCAAGAGUCCAAUUGUACUGGAUUCAGGCUCUGGUUUGAUAAAGGCAGGAUUUGCAGAUCAAGACCUACCAAGCAUUAUAUUCCCCACAAUAAUUGGGGUGCCAAAGUAUGAGGAAGUACUGAAUGGUAACCUUGAAAGAGAGGCCUACAUUGGUCACGAUGCAGAACACAUGAGAGGGGUUCUGACUCUGAAGCACCCCAUAAAGAAUGGAAUCAUUCACAACUGGGAUGAAAUGGAAAAGAUCUGGCAUCAUACGUUCCAGCAGCUGCGUGUGGAACCAGAAGAUCACCCAGUUCUUUUGACUGAAGCGGCCAUGAACCCUCUGAAGAAUCGGCAGCACGCGGUUGAGAUCAUGUUUGAGUGUUUCAACGUGCCUUUCACCUAUGUAGCCAUGCAAGCAGUGCUAGCGCUCUACGCAGCGGGAAGAACCACUGGUACUAGGGAGAUGAAGGAGAAGUGCUGCUGUGUCUCUCUCAACUAUGAAGAUGAGCUAAAUCGGGGGCAGUCAUCCUGCAGAGAGAUGCAUUACACCAUGCCAGAUGGGCAGAUUAUUACCCUCAGCACAGAGAGGUUCAGGGCACCUGAGAUUCUGUUCAAACCUGAGCUGAUUGGACGGGACCAUUAUGGGAUGCACGAAAGCAUCUACAGGUCAAUCCUCAGCACAGACAUUGACCUGAGGCGCUGCUUCCUGGGAAACAUUGUACUUUCAGGUGGGAACACUCUGCUGCCCGGCCUGCCUGAGCGACUGCAGGAUGAAAUCAAAGGCCUGCUGCCCUCAGACAUGGGGGGCAGUGUUUGUGUAACCAGCCCCAAAGAUAGAGACUCCUCAGUGUGGAGAGGAGGAGCAGUGUUGGCAAAUAUGCCUACCUUUACCUCUGCAUGGAUCAGUCGGGACGAAUACGAGGAGUAUGGACCGCAGAUAGUCUUCAGGAAGUGCUUCUGAAUCGACUGAAAGGUUGAUGGCUCAUUUCAUCAACAGUGCUGCUGGCUGCUGAGCCAGCGGGACUCAGCUGUUGUCCCUCUCUGUGGAAUCUUUUGUGUUUUUCUUAAUUUUCUCUCCCCUGUUCUUUAGUGGAGGUUUCCUGCUUACACCUUAUGCACUUCCUAUACAGCCCACUAACACGGCAAUAAGGAAGUUGAUCAAAACGUUCCAAUCAUUACUAUUGUCGUUGCUAUCACUAUAAAACCUCUAAGUGUGUCUUAAAUUCUAAAUUUCUGUGUCCCAAGAACUUAAGCCUAAAUAUAUUCAUGUUCUGUGAUUAAGGGGCUGAAACUGAAGCUGCCCUUUAAUUCAUGUCUGUCUUUGUUUCCAGAAUAUGCAAUUGAGAAACAUGAAGAAAUUUUGAUGUGUCAGCUUUAAAUUGUGCAUUAAUCUGAUAUUGUCAAAAACCUUAUUUAUUGUUUUUGCUUUUAUGUGAAACAUGAUACUUGCUUUUACACAUGGUAGUCCAGCUGUAAUCUGCUGUGGUUCUUUGUGCACUGAAUGUUGAGUAUUAAGGGCUCUGCAGAAUUUAUUCUUAAAUCUUCUGCAAUAAUGGAUUUGUCACAAUGCAACUUUCAAUGAUUCCUUUAGUUAAUACCACCUUUUCGUUGUAAUAUGACUCAGAUUGUCAUCAUAACACAUGACAGAAUAUAUUUGUUUUUAAUUUAUUUUUCUGUGCAGAAUCCUUUGAAUGGAGUGGCUCCUAAUACUCAUCAGAUGGGUGCAGUGUACAUGAGUUUUUCCUGAGGUCAUUGUUGGUUCUUGUCAGACCUCGUUGCACGUGUUGCUCUGGUACAUUGUGAACUCUCUAUAAUUUUUCAGUGUGGAGGUUGUUUUGGGUUUUUUUGGGGGGCUUUUUGUGUAGGGGACCAUUGUGUGUUUUACAUGCAUUCUUGCACAAGUUAUCCUUUUUGUGGACUCUGUUCCAGUGAUGCCAAACUGCUCAAUUCCUGUUAAAUUCUGAAGAAAAACAAACAGUGGCAGCCCGUGCUGUUAGACUUGGUGAACAUUUAAAGAUUUUUUUAUUAUUUAUUCUGUGCAUGAAAUUCAGUUGCAUGAGUUUGAAUUCCAUGUGUGUGUCUGUGUUGUUUUGGACUUGUGUGUACUUUGCAUGAAUUUUGUAUUUUUAAGUGUCUGUCUAAAAGCACAGGGUUCGCCAUGUGGCCUAGAGCUCUGCUCUUAUGGGGAAAUUACUGAGCGGUGACAGCAGGAGCUGCCGUUUCAGGCAAGUUUGAAGUGAACAGGCUCAUGGAUUGUGUGGUUCUUCUAAUUGUAGUUAAACGGCUGGGCCGAGUCCAGCAGUGUUUUUCCUGAACCAUGUCUUUUUUUUUUUUUUUUAAAUAAAUAUUGUAA